UCGGUGGCGUUCUAUGGAGUUGGCGCCAUUGCGAGGCUAAGAGCUGUCUUCGGAGCGCUAUCCCAAGAAACUGCUCAUUUUUUGACAGUAUUAGCAGUUUAACUGCGGAGCUAUGGCGGAUAAAGAUGCUGCGUUUGAUGAUGCGGUGGAAGAACGGGUGAUCAAUGAGGAGUACAAGAUCUGGAAGAAGAACACUCCUUUCCUUUACGACCUGGUUAUGACCCAUGCCCUGGAGUGGCCGAGCCUCACAGCGCAGUGGCUGCCAGACGUCACAAGACCAGAGGGAAAGGACUACAGUGUACACAGACUGGUUCUGGGGACACACACCUCUGACGAGCAGAAUCACCUCGUCAUUGCCAGUGUCCAGCUCCCAAAUGAUGAUGCUCAGUUUGAUGCCUCGCAUUAUGACAGUGAGAAAGGAGAGUUUGGAGGCUUUGGGUCUGUCAGUGGAAAAAUAGAGAUUGAAAUCAAGAUCAAUCACGAGGGAGAGGUGAACAGAGCUCGUUACAUGCCUCAGAAUCCUUGCAUCAUUGCCACCAAAACUCCUACAAGUGAUGUGCUAGUUUUUGAUUACACAAAACACCCCUCCAAACCUGACCCUUCCGGAGAGUGUACCCCAGACCUGCGCUUAAGGGGCCACCAGAAGGAGGGAUACGGCCUUUCCUGGAACCCAAACCUCAGCGGAUGUCUCCUCAGUGCUUCUGAUGACCAUGUAAGAAAUACCAUAUGCCUGUGGGAUAUCAGCACUGUGCCAAAGGAAGGGAAAAUUGUGGAUGCCAAGACAAUCUUCACAGGCCACACUGCUGUGGUGGAAGAUGUCUCCUGGCAUUUACUCCAUGAAUCUCUGUUUGGAUCAGUGGCAGAUGACCAGAAACUCAUGAUCUGGGACACGCGGUCCAACAACACCUCCAAACCCAGCCAUGCAGUGGACGCCCACACCGCUGAGGUCAACUGCCUGUCUUUCAAUCCCUAUAGUGAGUUCAUUCUGGCCACCGGCUCUGCUGAUAAGACUGUGGCUCUUUGGGACUUGAGGAAUCUGAAGUUGAAGCUUCACUCGUUUGAAUCGCACAAAGAUGAGAUCUUCCAGGUUCAGUGGUCUCCUCAUAACGAAACCAUCCUCGCCUCCAGUGGUACCGACAGACGGCUCAACGUCUGGGACCUUAGUAAGAUCGGAGAGGAACAAUCGCCAGAAGAUGCUGAGGAUGGCCCUCCUGAGUUGUUGUUCAUCCAUGGUGGACACACGGCGAAGAUCUCAGACUUCUCCUGGAACCCCAACGAGCCCUGGGUCAUCUGUUCUGUAUCAGAGGACAACAUCAUGCAAGUCUGGCAGAUGGCUGAAAAUAUCUACAACGACGAGGACCCAGAAGGUGCUGCAGAUUCUGAGGUCCAGGCAUGAGUCCCGCCUUCGUGUCUCUUCUUUUGACCUGCUUGUUAAAAAUGGAUCAGUUUCCCAGCACUGCAUAUUUAAGCAGUAAAAACCUUUUUGAAAUACAUUUUGGGUUAACUGAAAGAAACUGAAAGAAUAACAUGCUGUCUCAUUGUGUCAUGAGACAUUCAAAGUAAUGUCUGGUUCGUUCAGGUUUUUAGAUGUUUUAGUUUUUCAAACUCAACUUUGACUGGUAAUAAUACAAUCAGACAUGUCUGUCAUCUUUCAGGUUUGUAUUUUUGAUGGGUUUUAUUUUUUUUCCAUUAAUUGUGCUAAGACAUUUCUAUGGAGAUCCAUUUUUAAUACGACUGUACAUACUGUAGUUUUUUUUUUUUUUUUCAUUUGCUUGAUAUUUGUAGUGUGAAUCUUCCAUAUUGUGUUGUCACUUGUAUGUGUUGUGCUUUUAUUUUUUUCCCUUUGUCUGUGCUACAUCUGAUCUCUGAAGUACCUAAGUAUAUUCAUAAUAAAAAAAAAAAUAUUUACACUA